AUGGCUCGCACCAAGCAAACCGCCCGAAAAUCGACUGGAGCGAAGGCGCCUCGUAAGCAGCUCGGCACUAAGGCCGCCCGAAAGGGCCCAAUCGUCGGCGCUGUCAAGAAGCCACAUCGCUUCCGUCCGGGAACCGUGGCUCUCCGCGAAAUCCGUCGCUACCAAAAGUCCACCGAGCUUCUUCUCCGCAAGCUGCCGUUUCAACGACUCGUCCGCGAAAUCUCCCAGGACUUCAAGACCGAUCUUCGCUUCCAAUCUGCCGCCAUCGGAGCUCUUCAAGAGGCAUCCGAGUCGUACCUCGUCGGACUUUUCGAAGACACCAACUUGUGCGCAAUCCACGCGAAAAGAGUUACCAUCAUGCCGAAGGAUAUGCAAUUGGCAAGAAGAAUAAGGGGCGAAAGAACCUAA